AUGAGCAGUGUUCAGCAUUACAACGAUUGGCCAAACACACAAGGCUUCGACGUCCGGCACCAAGAACUCGAGCCCAAGGAACUCAGCGUAAAAGGCAAUAUACCGGCCUACUGCGCAGGGGUGCUUUUCCGGAACGGUCUGGGCCCACGCACCGUAGAGACGGACAAGAACGGCCAAAAGACGACAGUGUAUAAAACCAGCCACUGGUUCGACAGCUUCGCACAGGUCCACCGCUUUCAGCUACACGCACCGACGUCCGACAGCCCAAAGGUUCGGGUGACGCACAACUCGCGACUGACCAGCGACGGCGUUGUCGAGCGCGUCAAGCGGACCGGGUCCCUCAACGAUGUCACCUUUGGCGCAAAGAGAGAUCCGUGCAAGUCGCUGUUCCAAAAGGCGCAGGCUUUGUUCGCCCCGGUCCGUGGCGAGGGAAAGUAUCCUGGAGAUGUGAACGUGUCGGUAGCCCUUUCGGCAAACUUCCCGGGCCUGUCAAGAUCUGCCGAGAGGAUCAAUGGCAAGGUCGAGGGGCAGACGUUGAUCAACAAGACCGACUCGACUAUGAUGCAGGCGCUGGAUCCCGAGACGCUGCAGCCUAUCGGCGUGGCGAGCCAAAAGAGGUUGCAUCCGGACCUGGCGGGACCGCUCAGCGCCGCACAUGCCAGCACAUGCCCCAAGACUGGCGAUGUGUUCAACUACAACCUUGAACUGGGCCUCUACCAAACCUAUCGCGUGUUCGUCGUGUCGGCAUCGACUGGGGAAACAUCCAUCCUCGCCACCAUCAAAUACCCGGCCGCAUACCUGCACUCACUCUUCCUGUCCGAGAAUUAUGUCAUCCUCUGCGUCUGGAACUGCUUCUACUCCAUGGGCGGGGCGAGCACGCUGUGGACCCGCAACCUAGCCGAAGCGUUUGCGCCGUACGACAAGACCAAGCCAGCGACAUGGUUCGUGAUUGACCGAAAGCCUGGCGGAAGGGGACUGGUGAGGACGUUCGAGUCGGACGCCUUUUAUGCAUUCCAUACCAUCAACGCGUACGAGGUCGAGGUCGAGGGCGAUGACGGCUUGGAAGUGGACAUUGUCGCCGACGUCUGCACGUUCGAUAACAUCGACAGCAUCACGAGGCUAUACAUCGACAACCUCUUAUCGGACUCGCCAGCAGCCAAGAAGCGCUGCGAGGAGGAUCGUUUCUGGAGCGCAAGAUACUCACGCUACCGUCUGGCGGGGGUUCCGAUUUCGGGCAAGGAGGACCAAUCAACAAACCCAAAGAGGGUGCAGCUCGAGUACCAAGGCGCGGCCGAGCUUGGAGGGCCAGAGCUGCCCAGCAUCAACGAGGCGUACCGUGCGCGGAGGCACCGGUUCGUCUACGGCGUGACGGCGACUGGGAAAAGCACUUUUCUCGACGGGCUCGUCAAGCUGGACGUCGACACAGGAGAGGCCAUUUGCUGGAGCCAGCCUGGACAGACUGCAAGCGAGCCGAUAUUUGUCGCGGACCCGGACCCCGGUGUGUACGGGAUCGUGGAGGACGCUGGAGUCCUGCUGACCGUAGUGCUGGACGGGAUCCAAGGGGAGAGUUAUCUCCUGGUGCUGGACGCCAAGGACAUGACAGAGGUCGCCAGAGCGGACGUCGGCGGCGUGGUUGGUUUUGGAUUUCACGGAUUGCAUCUCUCCGCUAACUUGUAA